CAUUAUCCAAUGCAUAACUAAACUUGAUUCUUCUUCUGUAGUUCCAUUUACCGGCAUCCAACAUGGUCCUCAAUCAUGUUGUUCAAAGCACCUAGGACUUCCUCUGAUCCUAGGUAGCAUCAGGGAUGUAAAUUCACUUCAUCCAAAUGUUAAUCUCAAUUUCUUUUAACAAACAUAUACUGACAUAUUCUGUAUCUUGCUUCUCUCUGAUAUAGUUAAAAUUGGUUCAGUCCUGCAUGAUUGGUUACAUUCCUGUGCUAUGUUUUCAAAGUAUACUAAAAUACAGUAAAGGAACAUGGAUUCAAGGGAAGUCUUAAAAUUGUCGAAGAGGUACAUUAUUACAUUUACCUAUGUGUGGAAUAAACCUGAAGGUUUUUGUCUUUUUGAAGUUGGACUUUCCAAAAACUGUUUAUGUGCAGUUCAGUUGGUGAAGAAAUCUUGCUAUAAAGAGAAUUCUACUGGUUCCAAAACCUACCUAAAGGUUGUGUACUAGAGAUGCAGCGUCUACUUUGUUCUAGCACACUUGUCAACAAUUGGACAUCAGUCUGAUUUGUUUAGUUUCAUUGGACGAAAAUCACUGCUUUUAUGUACUUUAAUUAAUUACUUUACACAUUGUGGUUUCGGCUAACAUUCUGCAUCCGGUAAGAAUAUUUUUAAAAUUUCGAGAAGCUUGGUCUAGCUGAUUUGUAAGUAUAUAUUUAUUAGCGUAAGUUUGGCUUUCUUAUUGCAAGGGAAUGCUGUGAUUAAAGACUCAACGACUGAACCUUGUUUCUGAGGACAAGCGAAGGUAGAAUGUACAUGACGAUGCAUCAUAAGAUAUACAGAGGGUACAAAGAAUGGAUUGUUUCAGUAUGAGGAAGCCGAAUGAAGGGAAUCUGACAGUGUAAUGUAGAAGGAAAGGCUUUUAUUCAUCAUGUACAGGUAAUCAGCUAAGCCUUGUAAGCUUAACAAAUAUGCGAGGGAUGCACCUGCAUUGGGCAACAACUCCUAUCUUAAUUUCUCUACAAAAUUGUAUUUAAUUGCUCUACUCUUAUGAUCUCCUCAAUCUGGAGGUCACAUGAGUAAAUGUUUCUUCACUGCAGGGAAUUGUCAAGCCACCCAUUGGAUGAUCGAACCCAAAUUCAUCUUCUGCCAUGCUUAAUAAAUCUUGAAAUGAAGGCUGGCUCAAAUAAGAAACAGGAACUACAAGUCGCUUCUUCUGGGUCUCCCCAACAUACACCGCUAGGAAACCUUUAGGCACAUCUGGAAACCUUGAUGAUGCUUUGUUUGAGCCAGAUCCUGACCGACGAAGAAUUUGCUUAGCAAGGUUGCCAGGUAAGCCGAUAGCCAUGGCUUUUUCUCAAACAAAAUUGAUAUUGGAGAAAUAAUGAGAGUGAUUAGGAUGAGAAAAUGAGAGCUCGAUUUGUGUUGGUUCUGAAGCUAGCUCAUGAGGACUCAUAUAUAUUAUAGAUAGAGGGUUCUUUCUUCUCCUCCACAAUUUGAAGCUAAGGCCUAAAACCCAGUUGAGACAUAGUUCACGAGGCUUCACAUGGACUUGUCUUCCAAUGGGAACAAAUUGUAAGGCCUACACAUGCCCUACAAUGUAAGGGCUAGGCCCACGGAUGAUCACACAUUCAUUGAAAAUUGCGCAUCCAUAUAAGCAAAUGAAGUUUGAACCGUAACAUGCCCCUGUCUUUAGAUCAUCAUAUUGGCAAAUUGUUGGAAUGCAAGCAGGGUACGUGCCCUACAGGUUGAGGGUAGGCCAGUGGUAGUUAACAUUGGAAAUAUGACUCCCCUAUUGUCAAUAUUUAAGUUGUUACGGGAAAGCAAGAUAGACCAUAUAGAUACGCGACAUGCCUGAGACAAAGUUUAGCAUCUAAUGAGGUUUCGUUUUAAAAUGCAGGUCCAACAAGGCAGAAGGUGGAUGACUAAGACUGGUGGUGGUUGUGGCAUCCAAGGCAGCAGAGAGGGAAUGAAUAGAGGUAAAACACAUGAAAUGUACACUUUAGUGUCAUGUUAUUUGAUUGGGCAUUAUCUGUUGGAGAGUUUUCUUGUGGGGUUCCGUUUUUUGACAUCCAACAUGGUCCUUGUCCUCGGUCAUGUUUUGCCUCUAAUCUAUGACAAACAUAGAAAUGGAAAAGCUGGUGGUUCUGACAUCAGAAAUACUAAACUUAGUAUCCAAUAUCUGAGAUAUACCAAAUCUUGGGGAUUGAAAGCAGGGUUGUGUCCUGUUCUACCAGUUGAGGGGUAGGCCGAUCACAUCAACGCUGGAAAUAAUGCAUCCACACUAUCAAUAAUUAAGUUGUAAUGGUGUAGCUAGUUGUCCAUGUCUGUUGCAAACAUGCUUCAGACAAGUUGGUAAGAAGUUAGAGGGUAGUGUUGUUUGGAUAACCAAACCUGAGUUCCUUUUGUGGUUGAAUCGAUUGGCAUCCAACAAUGUUGGCCAAGCAAAAGGCUUAAUGAUUUAGCUGGAGAUACCCUGUUUUCACUCUUGUUAUAUUGUAAUAAACUUUGCAGGGAGCAACUUGAUUGUCUAAAAUGAGGUGAGCGCUCAAUACAAUAGGUAGGAUGACCAGCCUUCACAUGCCAUUCACAAGGCUCUGUCAGGGGAAUUUCCAUUUCUUUUUAUUUCUGGUGAGACCUUCUCGACCUUACAGACUUUGCUGUCCUUUUGGCCUAGGUUUCUGCUUCUGCCCUCAAAACUUGGGGCCAUAAGGAAAAAGGCACACGAUUUCCAGUGAACAGUGACCAUCUACUCAUACAUGUCUGAAAUCUGUUGCGUUCUUGGCCUGAUUUUUCCUUCCACAACUUAUGGGACUCGAGGUGUCCAUAAAUGUAAACCACUGCAAGUUCUAAAAUUUGGGCUGAAUUACAUGGCAAAACCAUUUAACUCUUCAGCUGCCAUUAUACUCUGCAAGCCCCAUACCCCUACCCUUCCUUGUCUCUCAAUCACUCUUUCCCAGCUUACCUUCUCAACAAAAAACCAAAAUAAAACCUCGGAAAAUUUUGUAGUUGAUUUCCACAGUUCAAGAGGAAUGCAAACCUAGGCUUCUGAAAUUCAGGCUAUUAAGGUGAAGAAUGAUUGGCAGAUUCUUGGCUUUUCAAGUUCCCUUGCCGAAAGAAGGGCGACAACUAGUGUCACCGAAGGAUACUUUGCAGUGUAUGUUGGAGAGAGCUAGAAGAAGAGAUUUGUAGUUCUUGUAUUAACCUUCAUUCAUAGUGUUGCUAAGGAAGGCUGAGGAAGAACUUGGAUUUUGUCAUAGUUGAUUUACGUGGACAAUUAGAUGUUUAAUUUGCGGUUUCGGACGGUUUCUUCAACAUCUUUGUCUACUAAAAUUCAAAGUAAGUCAGGUUAUUGAAUAACUAAGCAGAGUCUGGAUGUAUGGAACUGAUUCUCACAGAGAAGCAGAGGAGGAAUUGACAUACAAUACUUGAUGCAUCAAUACUUUUCUCUUAAUUAUUAAAGUUAGUGGAACUUCAUAAGCUGAAGUAGUAGAAUAUAGAGGAUAUUGACUACAAGAUGAAAAAUAGCUUUCUAUUCAAUGUACAUGUACAGUUAAACUUCUGUCAUCCAUUUCCCAAAGCUAUCAGCUCCAGAAAAGUAAGGAAAAAAAUAAUCUACAUUGAGCAAUUACUCUUACCCUUCCUAAUUCCUAUACAAAAUUUUCAUUUAACUGCUCUCUUCUUAUCAUCUGCUCAAGCAAGAGGUGAUGUGAGUAAAUUUCUCUUCACUGCAGGGAAUUGUCAGACCACCCAUUGGAUGAUCAAAGCCGAACUCUUCUUCAGCCAUGCUCAACAAAUCCUGAAAUGAAGGCUGGCUCAAGUAGGAUACAGGAACUAUAAACCGCUUCUUCUGGUUCUCCCCAACAUACACUGCUAGGAAACCUUUCGGCACGUCUGGAAACCUUGAAGUUGCUUUAUAUGAGCCAGAUCCUGAGCGUCGGAGAAUUUGCUUAGCUAGAUUGCCGGGUAAGCCAAUAGCCAUUAUGCUUUUUCUUUCGGAAUGUUGUAGUGAUGAAUAGAAAGAUUUCAGAUGUGAACUUGAGCACUUGUUUUGAGUUGGUUCUGGAUCAAGGCUAGGAGGACCCUUAUAUAGAUAGAAUGGGGCUUUGUUCUCCUCCACAAUAUAGAGUGGGUGUCACAUGGCCUUGCCUUCUGAUGGUGGAACAAAUUGUAGGGACUGAGAGGAGGGUACGUGCCCUACAAGUCUGACGGGGUAGGCCAAUGGAUGACUACUUAUACAUUGAGAUAAUAUAUCAAUGAUGGAGUUGCUGUGGUGAAGCUAGCUGUCCAUUCUGUUGCAGACUCGCUUGAGACAAGUUAGAUAUAAUGGUUUGUUUUGUUUCUAGCAAAGCGUAUGGUAGAUGAAGUAAGGCAUUUGGUGGUUUUGGAACCCAACCAGGUAGAAGUGGAAUUGAUACUACCUAAAGACAGCAAGAUCCAUUUGAAUAUCAAGCUUAUGAAAACCUAACUUCUAUGAAUAUGGUUGUGUUGUUUUAAUAUGCAAACCUAACUUUUAAAAGGUAAUUGUCCCUUAGCGAGAAGGUGAAUAAAUUGGCCAUAUAAAGGAUUUACUUCUUACUGAUUUAUUUUAUGUUUUGUGGAAUCAGUUAGUAUGAUAUUCCCACCAAAUAAUAAAUCUAGCAUAACAAAGUUUUUCUUCACCGUUAUGGUUAAUCUUGACUUGUUUUCAUAACUUUCUGUGAUUUUUUUGCUUAUUUCUUGAUUUACUUUCUUAUUUUCUCUGUGGUUCAUUACCAAAUUAAAUAGUUUUGUGUAGUUUUGAAUCAUAAUAUAUAACUGGGUAUGUGGUAGACGACAUUAUGACCAUUUGUGUUGGGUAAGUAUUAUUAGUGCUUUGCGCAUUGUGGUUAUGGCUAACAUUGUGCGUCUGGAUGAGAAUAGCUAGUAAGAAAUUGGAAAAAACUUGGUCUGGCAGCUUUUGAAUGGCUAAGGAAUGCCUGUGAAUGAAGGAUUGAACGAUUGAAGCUUGUUUUGCCUGAUAAGCAAAUUUGGAAUGGACGUGAUGCACUUCACAAGGUACCAGAGGCUACCAGAGACCAGAGUAUUAGUAGCAGAGGGAAGCUGACAGAUAUGACACUGGAAUGUAAAAGGAAAAGCUUUAUAUUAGUAUGUACAGGUAAAAUUCCCCUGUUAUCUACUAAAACCUUAAAACUUAACAAACUAGAGGAGAGAUGCAUCUACAUUGAGCAGCUCGUAUCCUAAGUUCUCUACAAAAUUGUGUUUAAUCGUUCUCCUCCUAUGACCUAGUCAAGCUGGAGGUCACAUAAGUAAAUGUCUCUUCACUGCAGGGAAUUGUCAAGCCACCCAUCUGAUGAUCAAAGCCAAAUUCUUCUUCAGCCAUGGUCAGCAAAUCCUGAAAUGCAGGCUGGUUCAAAUAUGAUACAGGAACUACAAAUCGCUUCUUCUGCGUCUCCCCAACAUACACUGCUAGGAAACCUUUAGGCACAUUUGAAAACCGUGAGGUUGCUUUGUUUGAGCCAGAUCCUGAGCGUCGCAGAAUUUGCUUAGCAAGAUUGCCCGGUAAGCCAAUGGCCAUAAUGUCCUUUUCUUUUCUGAACAAAGUUGGUGUUGGAGAAAAGAAGUGAAGAGAAAUUGAGACUUGUUUUGUGUUGGUUAUGACAUUGAUUCAUGAGGAUCUAUAUAUAGAUAGAUGGUUUCUUCCUUCUCCUCCACAAUUUGGCGCCUAGGCCUAAAAUGCUUGUUGAAACAUAGUUCAUGGGGUUUCACAUGGCCUUGUCUUCCAAUGGGUACAAGUUUGGGGGAUUGAGAAGGUGAGUAACCUACAAGUUUGAGGGGUAGGCUAAUGGACGAUUGCAUAAUUCAUUGACAACAGGACGUUCGUAUAAGGAAAUGAAGUUUAACGAGUCACAUGGUCCUGUCUUGAAAUCAUAUAGCAAAUUGUAGAACUGAAAGCCAGCUACCUGCCCUACAGGUUCAGGGGUAGGCUGGUGGACGAUCACAACAUUUGAAAGUCGGACUUCCAUAUAAUCAAUUAUGAAGUUGUUAUGAUAAAGCUUGUUGUCCAUAUCCAUAGGCGACAUGCUUGAGACAAAGGUACAUGUAAUGAACUUUGUUUUAAUGAGAAGGUAGGACUAACAGGCAGAGGACUGGUGGCUGUGGCAUCCAAUGUACUGGAGAAGGAAUGAAUGAAGGUAAGACAUUUGACACCAACAUAUCUGUUUAGGAUCUAUUUGAAGCUUAUGGUAAUUUUAUUUAUGAAGCCGAGUCCGCUCUUCAGUUGGGGCUUUAUCUAUUGGAGGGUCUAAAGUGUCCACCAAACCCCUAGUCGUCUUGUGGGGGUUCCGUGUUUUGGCAUUCAACAUGGUCCUUGCCCUUGGUCAUAUUUUUUCCAUUCAUCUAAGACUGACGUCUAACCUGACAAACUAGAAAAGAAAGUCUGGCUGUGCUUGUGAAAGCUUAAAUAUAAAGCAUAUGUUCAAACAUUAGUGAUGUAGUUUCCCCCAAGCAGGACUGUGUUAUCUCAAAAUCUUGAAAAUAUUAUAUGUUCCAUGCAAUGGAUUUCUUGUUCCUGAUAUUUGUUGGUCAAGUUUAUCCUUCAGAUCUCUUGCUUCCCUCUAUUGGUAUCAUAUGAGUUGGCUCACCUAUGAGCAAAUUCUUAAACUUCCAUGCCAAUAAACAGUAAGCAAAAGUGUCCGGAGCUGAAAGUAACCACAUUUUAAUGUAGGAAAAGUUUCCUCAAAGCAGAUUGAGCCUGGUUUCUGGAGAAGGACCAAAAUUAGACUCGAGUCAAGUAUGCUAUUGUCCGUAUGGGUUCAUGGAAUAUUAGUAAUGUGUGCUUCAUCAGGUCUAGCUUGUAUACUAAAAGUUGUUGGCUCACUGAACAGAGGUAAACGUCAUGUAUGGUUGAGUUAAGAUGCAGGCUGUGUUGUUCUGUGGUUUUGGGCACCAUGUUUGACUCCUACCCGUGUUUUAACAAUAAAAUUUUAAUUGUCUGGAAAACUGAGCAAAAUUCAAUAUGCUCAUUACAGAUUAAGUAUAUAGAACUUACAUUCAUGGAUUAAUACAGGAGCAAUAGACGGCAAUCUUAAUACUUCACAUGUUAUACAGAGGGUCCAUAUGCUUAUCAGCAACACUUCUCUCUUAAUUACCAGACUUCAAGCUGAAAGGGAAGUGUCAAGCCACCCAUUGGAUGAUCAAAGCCAAACUCUUCUUCAGCCAUGCUCAAUAAAUCUUGGAAUGAAGGCUGACUUAAGUAGGACACUGGAACAACAAAUCGCUUCUUCCGGGUCUCCCCGACAUACACUGCUAGGAAACCUUUUGGCACGUCUAGAAACCUUGAACUUGCUUUGCUUGAGCCAGAUCCUGACCGUUGCAGGAUUUGCUUAGCAAGAGUCCCUGGUAAGCCAAUAGCCAUAGCUUUUGUUUUUUGGGAUGAAAGUGGUGUUAAGAUUGUGAUUUCAGACGAGAAUCUUGAUCACCAAUGUGUUGGUUCUGAAGCAAGUUUAGAUGGAUCUUAUAUAGACAUAGUGGGUAUUGUUUCUCUCCUUAAUUUGGAUCCUAGACCUAAAUCCCAGUUGGUACAUAGUUCUUUCAGCGUCACAUGGCCUUGUCUUCCACCGGUCGAACAAAUUGUAGGGACUGGGAGGAGGGUUAGUGCUCUACAGGUUUGAUGGGCAGGCCAAUUGAUUACCACAUACACAUUGAGAUAGGGCAUUCAUGUAACGAUAAUGAAGUUAUUAUGGUGAAGCUAGCUGUCCAUAUCUGUUCUAGACAUGUUUGAUAUCAUGAGCUUCCUUUUUAAAAGAAUUCAUGUCUAACUACUUGGAGAUGAAGACGUGUGGUCGCUGUGGCCUCUGGCAACGAGUCAGAUGGAGAAUGAGUAAAGGUAAAUUUAUAUGACUUCAACAUUGCAUUUUAGGAUUCAAAUGAAUGUAAAGUUUAUAAACUGGUUGUAUAUUUAAGGGAAAUAUUCUUUGGAUAACCCAACCCUAGCCUUCGUGUAUAAAUGGCUUCAUAUCUAUGCCAUCAAGAAUUAAGCAAAAGUAUUCAUGAAGGUAAUUUUACUGAAAUAUAACGACAUAUAAUGAAUUUUCGGAGAAGAUAAAAAUAAUGGAUUUCAGGAAGUACGUAAGUGCAGCUACAACUGGAAUCAUUGGAAAUGGUUGUUGAACUAGGAGUCCCCUCCACUGUUUCUAUUUGUAGUUCAAUUAGGCAAAGUAACAAUGGCUAUUAAGCUAUAGACAAUGCUAGCUAUGAUUCUUUUAUCUUGCAUAUAUAUGGUCAGUUAGACAAGGUCUAAUAUAAAUUUAACUGUUAGCUCAAGCCAUAAAAGAUGCUUUUCAAUUGACCAAACUCAACAGCUUUUCAGAAAUCUUCUGUGAUAUACACAAGAUGGAAGGUAAAGAAAUGGAUGUUUUUACUGCAUGGGGAAUGGUCAUUAUGCCUGUUGGUUGAUUGAAACAAUUUCUUCUGGCAAAUCAGGAUAUGAAGGGUUGUUCAAAUCCCACCAUGGAGCCACUGUGAACCCUUCAAUUUGUUAUUAUGGAUGGAAGUAAAUGAAAAGAUUUUUGUAGUAUGGGAGCAGAAGAUAGAGAAAAGUGGAUCAUUCAUAAGCUAAAGGAGCAGAAGAAAGAGGAAACUGAUUAUGUAAUGAUGAAUGAAUGGUUUUCUAUUCAGUACACAUACACAGGUAAACUUCUGUCAUCCAUCUCAUAAAGCUAAAUCAGCUCUACGAAAGUGAGGACAAAAGUCAUCUACAUGUUGCAAUUACUCCUAUCCUUCCUAAUUUCUAUUCAAAAUUGUCAUUGAACAACUCUCUUCUUAUGAUCUGCUCAAGCAAGAGGCGACAUGAGUAAAUGUCUCUUCACUGCAGGGGAUUGUCAAGCCACCCAUUGGAUGAUCAAAGCCAAACUCCUCUUCAGCCAUGCUCAGCAAAUCUUGAAAUGAAGGCUGACUUAAGUAGGACACAGGAACUACAAAUCGCUUCUUCUGGGACUCUGCACCAACAUACACCGCUAGGAAUCCUUUAGGCACAUCUUGAAACCUUGAAGUUGAUUUGUUUGAGCCUGAUCCGGAUCGUCGAAGAAUUUGCUUAGCAAGAUUACCAGGUAAGCCGAUAGCCAUAAUCUCGUGUAAAACAAAAAUGAGAAAUGUAGGGAAAGAUUUUUUAGAUGAAAACUUUAAUACUUGCUUUGGUGGUUUUGAAGCAAGGUCAUGAGGACCUAUAUAUAGAUAGGAUUUAGGAGGGUUCUUCCUACUCCAUAAUUUGGAGCUUGACCACUUAGAGAUGAGACACAGUUUUGAUGAGGCAGCACAUGGUCCUGUUAGCAAAUUGUGGAUACCUAGAGGGUAGAGGAGGGUACAUGCCCUACAGCUUUUAAUGUAAAUGGCAGCACCACCAGCCUUCACAAGGUUCUGUCGGGAAAAAUUUCUUCCUUUUUUCUCAUUUCCGGUGAGUCCUUGUUGUCCUUAUAGACUUGGCUGUCCUUUUAGUUUGUGGAGUUCAUCAAGCUCUUUAUCUCUCAUAGCUUCGGUCUCAUAAGGACAAAGGCACAUGAUUUCCAGUGAGCGGCGAGGGCAUCAUUUUUCUUGAUGUCUUAAAUCUUGAGGGGUUGCCUUGGCAAAUGAUUUGUCCUCUGUAAUUUGGUGGGACACUAUCUUCUGUCAGUAUACAUGCAUUAUAAAUAACUAUAAACCACUCCAAGUCCUAGAUUGAUAGUUGAAUUAGAAGAGCCAUGUGAUCUUCUUGAAGCAGCCAAUAUUCACCUUUCAUCCUUAAGCUCCAGAUUUUGUACUGUUCUCCUAACCUAUACAAUACAUGCAGGAACCUUUGCAACGGGAAUCAAGGAUAAGUGGAUUUUCUUCUUACUGCGGCACCCAAAAUUUCUGCCAUGUCCAAAUCUUCAUGCUUCAAUCUGGCAUGUAUCUUCCAUUCGAAAUGGUAGAGAAAAUGACGGAGCAUAAGUUUCACAAUAGCCACCACCAAUGACAGUCCAGGACUCUCCUUCCAGCAUUGAGUGGGUUGAACUUGAAAUCAGUCCCUUUGUAGUAGACUGAAGACACCUUUCAGGGUAGAAUUUCUCCGUGUUCUUUCCUGUGACGAGGAUCCCUUCCGAUAGUCGAAGCAUUGAUGGUGGUUCUAGCUUUCUCUGGAAUAUCAUAGUAAUCAAUUUGAAGCCUCACUGUGCCUUCUCUUGGAAGGAGUAAAGGAAAUGGUGGGUGCAUUCUCAGGCUUUCUUCGAUAACUGAGUCCAGGUACUUCAAUUCGUGAAGUCCAUCUUCAUUAACAUCACCUUGACUACGGAACAAGUGUUGCACUUCUUCUUGUGCUUUCUGCAUAACUCUUGGGUUUUUCAUCUGACAUGGUCCAUUUCAUCGUUGCUAAUGUCUCAGUACCAGCAAGAAACAUUUCAUAGGAGAAAAAAAUUGAAGUAAGAAUAACGAUAACAAUAACAAACAACAUCAUCAUAAAAAUAAUGGAACAUGAAUUACAGGAUAUGAAAAAUCUGAUAGCGGACUGUCUGAAUUGGUAUAGUGCUUACUACUUAGUUCCUUUAUGUAAUGUGCUUUUCUUGGCCAUCAUGCAUGAUCUCUUAUAAUUAAAGCAGUGAUAGUGAUAUCGUGCUGGAUUAGCCACUUUUACUGCUCGAACCCUGUAUUGGUAACCAAUUCGUUAUGGCUUUGUCACAUUUUGAUCACUGUUUUUGCAUGAUUUUGUCAUAAUACAUGUAUUAGACAUGUAAAAAUACAAGCAGGGAAUGGUCAGUUUGCCUGUUGGUUGAUUUAAAAUAAAAAUUUCUUGUGCAUGAUAUGAAGAGUUGUUCAAACACCACGGCGGAGCAACAAACCCUCAUUUUGUUAUUGUGGACUGAAACAAAUGGAAUUUUGGAGUCUGGGAGCAGAAGCAAGAGGAUAGUGGAUCGUAUGAUGUGAAAUCAGGAAUUUCCAUUUCGAUAUAUACAGGUAACAUUUAGUCAUUCAUCUUAUAAAUCUUUGUCAGGUUUCAAGACAGUAUAAAGCCAUCUACAUGGAACAAGAACUCUACUUCUGAAUUACUUUACAAAAUUAUGUUUAGAUCCUAUAUUCUUAUGAUCUGCACAAGCUAGAGGUGACACCAGUAAACGUCUCUUCGCUGCAGGGAAUUGUCAAGCCACCCAUCGGAUGAUCAAAGCCGAAUUCCUCUUCAGCCAUGCUUAACAAAUCCUGAAAUGAAGGCUGACUUAAGUAGGACACUGGAACUACAAAUCUCUUCCUCUGGCUUUCCCCAACAUACACUGCUAGGAAACCUUUUGGCACGUCCGGGAAUCUUGAAGUUGAUUUGUUUGAGCCAGAUCCUGACCGACGAAGAAUCUGCUUAGCAAGAUUUCCAGGUAAGCCAAUAGCCAUGAUGAUUGUUUGUUGAACGAAGGUGGUGUUAGGAAUCUGAAGAGAAGAGAAAGAUUUCAGUUUCAGAUGAGUCUUUGAACUCUUGUUUUGUGAUAGUUCUGAAGCAAGUUCACAAGGACCCUUAUAUAGAUAGUGGUGUUCUUCCUUCCCAAUCUGGUUCCUGGGCCUAAAAACCCAGUUGAGACAUAGUUCGUGAGGCAUCACAUGGCAUUGUCUUCUAAUGGUGGAACAAAUUGUAAGGACAGAGAAGAGGGUACGUGCCCUACAAGUAUGAUGAAUAUGCUAAUGGAUCACCACAUAUACAUUGGGACAGGGCAUUCACAUAUUAAUUAUGAAGUUAUAGUAAAGCUAGUUGUCCAUUUCUGUUGCAGACAUGUUUCAGACAAGUUUUGAUAGAUUGAUGUCUGUAUCUAACAACCCAGAGGGAAGAUGAAGUUAAGACGUGUGGUGGUUGCCGCAUCGAUUUUGGUAGAAGGGGAAUUUCUCUUCAAUCUGGCCGAAGGGGUACGGGUAAGGUAAUCUAGAACCUGAUCACUGCAUUUUAGGAUCUAUGGGAGUAAAACCCAUGUAAAACCUAAAUACACAAAUUUCAUAUGAUGUUUCCCUUUUCAUCUUGUAAAACCUAUGUGUAUGAGUAUCUAAUAUAAAGUUUCCAGGUCAUUUUUUUCAACAACACAUAAGUAAUAUCAUUAAAAUGAAAAAAAUGGAAGCAAGUUCCUUUCUGUGACAAUGUGAUGAGUUAUGGGAGUUAGUACCGGAUUUGUCUUGUACAAGUAAACCCUGCUUUAUAGCAUUUUUUAUUCGUUAGUUCUCUUCUUCCCUUUGAUUGCAUCAUGAAUAUGCCCAAGCCUGUGGCAAUGGCUACAUCUCUAUACCAUUCAGAAAUAAGCAAAACUAUUCAUGAUAACAAUAGGUAAAAUAAUAAUUGGUAGCUAUUGUACAUUCGUAAAAUUACCGGAAUAAAAUUUGAAUUUGGAGUUUAUGGCAAGAUAAAUUUUAUAGAUUUGUGGAAGUACAUAAGUGUGGUUUGCCUAUAUGGAAUAGAUUGGAGUCCGCUCUUGAACUCGGCAGUUUUGUCCACUGUUUCUGUGUAGUCGUUUAGGAGAUGUAACAACUAACAAUGAUUGUGUGGAGAGGUUUUUGAUUCAUGGAACUGUUAUAAAGGUUGUGAAGUUCA